AUGUACUCAAUCAGAAGCCUGCCCACUGUGGCUCAGCGAGAGCAACGAGAGGAAGACGGAGUGGAGGAUAUGACACAGCUAGAGGAGAUGCAUGAAGGGGCCGUUCUGCUGAACCUAAGGACCAGAUCUGAGCGGGAGCUUAUUUAUACAUACAUAGGUAGUAUUCUGGUGUCUGUAAACCCCUAUAAGAUGUACAACAUCUAUGGGACGGACAUGGUGCUGCUGUACAAGGGUUGUGCUCUGGGAGAGAACCCUCCGCAUUUGUUUGCCAUAGCAAAUGCUGCUUAUUCCAAAAUGAUGGAUGCCAAACACAACCAGGUCAUAAUAAUCAGUGGGGAGAGCGGAUCUGGGAAAACAGAGGCCACCAAACUAGUCCUUCGCUACCUAGCAGCAAUAGAUCACAAGUGCAAUCUUGCGCAACAGAUCCUCGAGGCGGCUCCUCUGCUGGAAUCUUUUGGAAAUGCCAAAACUGUACGGAACGAUAAUUCCAGUCGCUUCGGGAAAUACAUAGAGGUCUUUCUGGAGGAUGGUGUGAUCAGUGGUGCCAUAACCUCUCAGUAUCUGCUGGAAAAGUCCCGUAUCGUCUUCCAGGCCAAAGAUGAGAGGAACUAUCACAUCUUCUACGAGAUGCUGGCAGGUCUUCCCUCGCAGCAGAAGCAGGCUUUGUAUCUACAAGAGGCUGAGACCUACUAUUACCUCAACCAGGGAGGGGAUUGUGGGAUAACAGGGAAGAAUGAUGCAGAUGACUUCCUGCGUCUGCUUGCUGCCAUGGAGAUCCUCCGCUUCACCCCUGAAGACCAGUCUGCCAUCUUUAGAGUGCUUUCUUCCAUACUGCACCUGGGCAACGUCUACUUUCAGAGACAUGAGGCUGAUGGCCAGGAGGUGGCGUCGGUGGUGAGCGCUCAGGAGAUCAGAGUGGUGGCCGAGCUGCUGCAGAUCUCUCCAGAGGGACUUCAGAAAGCCAUCACCUACAAAGUCACAGAGACAAUGAGGGACAAGAUCUACACGCCAUUGACUGUGGAGAGUGCUGUUGAUGCCAGAGAUGCUGUUGCCAAGAUCCUGUACUCGCUGCUUUUCCAUUGGUUAACAGAGAGGAUCAACGCUCAGGUGUACCCCCGCCAACACACACUCUCCAUCUCCAUCUUGGACAUUUACGGAUUUGAGGAUCUGGCCUUCAACAGCUUCGAGCAGCUUUGCAUUAAUUAUGCAAACGAGUACCUGCAGUUCUUCUUCAACAGGAUUGUGUUCAGGGAAGAACAGGAGGAGUACAGCCGGGAACAGAUCCCCUGGCAGGACAUCCCAUUCAUUGACAACCAGCCCUGCAUUGACCUCAUUGCCGCUAAGCCUCAUGGGAUACUGAGGAUUCUGGACGACCAGAGCUGUUUCCCACAGGCAACAGACCACACUUUCCUCCAAAAGUGUCACUAUCACCAUGGCCACAACCCGCUGUAUCUAAAGCCAAAGAUGCCCCUCCCAGAGUUCACCAUCAAGCACUUUGCAGGCCGGGUCACCUACCAGGUUUACAAGUUCCUCGAUAAGAACUACGACCAGGUCCGUCAGGAUGUCCUGGACCUGUUCAUUCAGAGCAAGAACAAGAUGGUGUCAAACCUCUUCCUGGUUCACGCAGAGGUCACGGGUCAGCAGAGGGGAGGACACAUGAGGAAGAGCAGCACAGUCACCAGGAGAUACCAAGCUCCCACCGUCAGCAGCAAGUUCCAACAGUCCCUGCUGGAGCUGGUGGAGAAGAUGGAGAGGUGCAACCCGUUUUUCGUUCGCUGCAUAAAGCCAAAUAACAUGAAGCAACCAGGCGUGUUUGAGGACGAGCUGGUCAGCAGCCAGCUGAGACACUCUGGCAUCCUGGAGACCAUUAGGAUCCGUAGAGAGGGGUAUCCUGUCAGAAUGCCAUUCUACGUCUUCCUGUUCAGGUAUAAGUCCCUGGUGGGGGUACGAGAGCCUCCAGCUGCCAGUGGAGAGAACUGUGUGAUAAUGCUCAGUAAACUGUGUCCGCUCAGACCAGGAGCGUACCAUGUUGGCGUCACGAAGCUGUUUCUGAAGGAGGACAUCUACCAGCUGUUGGAGUGUAAACGGGAGCGCACCCGUCAGCUCGCCGCUCUCACCCUGCAGCGUUACACCCGCAUGUUCUUUGUCAGAAAACGCUUCGUGGCCUUCCGCAAGAAGAUCAUCGGGCUGCAGGCGCAGUGCAGAGGCUUCCUCACAAGGAAGCGCUAUGUGAAGAUGAGGGAGAGCCUGGUUCGGUUCCGCUCCCUCGUCCACAUGUACGUCAACCGCAGGCGAUACAUCAAGAUGAAGUUUAAUGCCCAGAGGAAAGCUGAGGAGGAGAGGAAGAGGAGAGAGAUGGAGCUGGCCAAGAGGGAGGUGGUGAACGUCACACACUUGGUGAUCCCUGCAGAGCUGGGCGCGUUGCUGCAGACCGCAGGAGGUCUGAGGGAGUUGCAUUCAGACUGUCUGGCUUUGCUUCAAGCUCCUCACAUCCAAGAGGAGGCUCAACUCACUCUGCCUCUGGACAUCAACAACCACCCGUUCUUCCGCUACGUCCAGAUCUACUUCAGGGAACCAAAGUUUGGGAUGUUGAUGGCACCUCUGGAGUCACCUCUGACCCGCGUGGAGGAGGACCUGACGGGAGAAGCUCUGGAGCUCUUUAUCAUGGUGUUACGAUUCAUGGGGGACCCUCACCUGAACGGGGCGCAGGAGAACAUGUUUGGGAAUUACAUCAUCCAGAGGGGACUGUCAUCGCCGGGGUUACGGGACGAGAUCCUGGCUCAGGUUGUCAACCAGGUGUGGAGGAACGUUAACGCCGACAACGCCGAGAGAGGCUGGCUGCUGCUGCUGGCGUGUGUCUGCAGCUUCGCCCCGUCGCCCAAGAUGGACAAAUACCUGCUGAAGUUCGUGUCAGAUUACGGCCCUGCUGGUUGCCAGGCGUUGCUGCAACACAGACUCAUCCAAGCCAAUCAGAAGACGCAGCUCAGCUCAGGCUCCACCCCCGAGACGGCACGGACCUAUCCGCUGUCGCUGCUGGAGUGGACGGCCAAUAGGAAGAAGGCGAACAUGGUGUUGCACGUGCACUGUGUUGAUGGGGGUUCAUUCUUGUGUCCGGUCCACUCCUGGACCAGCGGAGAGGAUUUGGCGGGCGACAUACUGCGUCACAGGGGAGUGUCCGACUGGUGGAGGGGCAGUUCAGUUCUGAUGAAGGAGCAUGGCCAGUGGGUGGAGUUAGCGGGUCACGACUACGUGAUGGACCUGAUCGCAGACCUGGAGCUUCCGUCUGACUUCCCAAAGCAGAAGAGCUACUUCAUCAUCAGCACUGACGACCCGGCAAGAGUCCGAGCUAACGCCAGUCUUGCUUUGUUUGGAAGUGGCUUUGAUUCAGAUGAGGAGCUUCCUCCUGCCUUUCCUCUCAGCAGCAGCAGCAGACCAGCCUACAGUCUGCCUGACUCUGAUGGUUACUACAGCCACGUAGAGUCGGAUGCGUUCAGUGAUGGACAGACUCAGAGAGGGAUGGACCGCUACCUGGACAGUCUGUUUGACCCAGUCCUCUCAGACAGCAGCAUAGACGUGGAAAAGGCUGGAAGUCUGUCAGCGAGGAUGAAGGGCGGAGGAGGUGUAGGCAUCACAGGAGGAGGAAGAGGAGAAGGGGAGAGUCAUGCGGCCCCCAGUCGGCCUUAUCCACCGGGAAUACACCCUGGAGCUGUGCCAGUGCUUCCAGUGGCAGGAGGAAUGAUGCCACCCAUCCCAGCCAUGCCAAUCCCCUCCCACCACCAUGCAGCAGCAGCAGCAGCAAUACCACCAAUACAACCGUCCCACACAACCCCUAGCGUCCCCGGUUUGCCGGGGGUGGCCCCGCUCCCUGCCGCGUCUGUGGUUCCAGGCUUGCCUGUGAUGACAGGAUCGGAGCAGGCUGUGCUGACUCAGCAGCAGCAGGCCAUCAUCAACCAGCAAGCUAUCAUUCUGGCCCAGCAGAUGACCAUGCAGGCCAUUGCGAUCCAGCAGCAGAUGUUGUCUUCCUUCCCCCCCGUCGCCCCGGCCCCCCAGUCGCCUCCCUCACAGCUUCAUCACACACACAGCCCUACCAGAGAGAGCGAGCAGUCGCCAUACAAGCCUGCUGCUGUUCAGCGGAAAAUGAGUCCAACACGUGGUCCCCCUCCUGAGGAUGUGGUUCGAUCCAGUCCGAGUAACGCAGAGCGCAUGGACCCCAGCCAUGACAUCAAAGACAUCAUCAAACAGCACCAGCCUGCCGCCACAACGACUUCUGUCGGUCCUGCCACACAAAGGAAAAGUGAUGGAAAGAUGUUUGCAAAGAAGCCAGACCCGCAUGAUGAAGCUAUGGAGAUUCUUAAAGAUCAGAUGGCAAACCCACCACAACCGAGUCAAAAGAAGCCUCAAUCUGUCCGACAUAAAGAAGAGGGAGGACUUAAGGUUUCCAAGACGAUCAAGUCUCGUCCUGCGGGGAGAACUAACUCCAACAUAAGCCCCGCCCCUCCUCCAGUCUCCAGAGAGUUGCCAGUAGAGAAGGAAAUCAUUCAGACUCAACUCCACAGCAGGACCAGUGAUGAAUAUUACACUUACUCUAACGUCCCCUGGAAGCUCUACAUGAGGAAAGAGGUUUUCUAUCCUAAAGAGACCUUCAACAACCCACUGAUUCUGGACCUGAUCUUCAGACAGGUUGUACAUGAUACCUCCUCUGAGGCCUGCAUCCGUAUCACCCAGGAAGAGAGACAGAAGAUGAAAGCUUUAUUUGCUGAGAACAAAGUGGAUCAGGUUUCAGGAACGCAUGAUGAGAACGUGAAGAAGAAGGUGGUGGCCAUGGCCAGAGACUCGUGGGACAUUUACUUCUCCCGCCUCUUCCCAGCUUCUGGCAGUGUGGGGACCGGAGUACAGGUGCUGUCUGUGUCUCAUAAAGGCAUCAAGCUGCUGAAGAUGGUGAGGAGCAGCUCAACUGCUCCAGACUACUUCAGAGUGCUGAGGCCUUACAGCUACUCGGACAUCCUGUUCGUGUCGAUUCCGUCUAAGAACAUGCUGGAGUUCAACCUGACCAACGAGAAGCUGAUCCUGUUCUCGGCCAAGGCCCCGCAGGUCAAACACAUGAUCGACUACUUCCUCACAGAGCUUAAGAAGGACUCAGAGUACGUGGUGGCGGUGAGGAACUACAUCACCGAGGACAGGACUCUGCUCAACUUCCACAAAGGAGACAUCAUCAGACUGCAGCACAUGGACGGGCUGGAGGCCGGCAAACAUUACGGCUGCAUAGUGAGGAAGAAGGUCAUGCUUCUGGAGGAGCUAAAGAGAGACACUCCAGAGUUUGGCUGGCGGUUCGGGGCUGUGUAUGGAAAAUCGGGAGUGUUCCCCAGCGAGUACGUCCGUCCGGUGGCUGCCCCGGACUUCCUGGUUCUGCCUGCUGAGCGCGUGGAGCCUCGAGACAGACAGGGACGAGUCGCUGCGUCUGCUGCUAUCGCCGUGGCGAUGGGCUCGGCGGUGGCUGCCCACGAGCUCGACCUCUCCACAGAGGUUCUAAAUGAGAUGUACGGGGACAACGUGAGCGUCGACCUGGACGACCUGCCCCUGCACAGCGGCCAGUACCACAUGGCCGAGUUUGCCAAGAAGUACUUCAGAGAGGCACAGAGGAGCAGAAGGUCGGACACACAUGAUCAGAAAGCCAAAAAGGGGAAGGAGGGCAGAGACCCUGUUGACAUGGUUAAAUUCUCUAAGUCCCCGAUCCAGGAGUCCCUGAUCGACUUCUCCGACAGCGGGAUGAACAGAGUGGCUGCUGACAUCUUCUUAGCCAUAAUGAAGUUCAUGGGAGACUUCCCACUGAAGGGUCAGACUGAGCAGGACCUGGUCACCACUUUACUGAAGUUGAGUGGCGACCAUGGCCUGAUAAAGGAUGAAGCCUACUGCCAGGUGAUGAAGCAAGUUACCGCCAACACCAGCUCCAAACCGGACAGUUGUCAGAGAGGAUGGAGGCUGUUAUACAUCCUGACGGCCUUCCAUCGCUGCUCCGAUGUCAUGAAGCCAUUUCUGUUGAAGUUUCUGCAGGACGCCUGUGCCAGCCCCGGGAUGCAGUACCAAGGUAUUGCCAAGGCUUGUGAGCAGAAUCUGAGAAGGACUUUUCAAUACGGCGGACGCAUACAGUAUCCCAACAGCAUGGAACUCAAAGCUAUGCUGGCUGGGCGGAGCUCCAAAAGACAGCUGUUCCUGCUGCCAGGUGGGAUCGAAAGGCACUUGAAAAUCAAGACGUGUUCUGUUGCUUUGGAUGUCAUCGAGGAGCUUUGCUAUGAGAUGGGACUGCACAGGACAGAAGCUUUGGACGAAUAUGCCGUCUUUUUGGUCACGCACAGAGGUCAGAAUGUGCGUCCCUUGAACAAGCGCGAGUACAUUCUGGACAUCGCGACAGAGGCGGAGCCAGUGGACACCAACUACAGCCUGUGGUUCAGGAGAGUCAUAUGGAGUCUGGCUCUCAAACUUGACAAUGAACUGUAUGUCACCAUGCACUACAAUCAGGUGUUGCCAGACUACCUGAAGGCCUUGCUGAGUGUGGUUCCUCAGGGGAAGGCCAGCGACCAGCAUCUGCAGCAGAUAGCCAGACUGGCUGCCCUACAGCACCGUGCCAAGGACACCAUCUACCUGCCCACCCUCCGUGAGGUGCAGGAGUGUGUCCCCCCACCGUUCUACAGUAAACAGGGUUCACAGCCGUGGCUGAAUAUGACAACUCAACACAUGCAGCAGGUCCAGCCCUUAAACCCACACCAGGCUCGUGCACAGUUCCUUGGUCUGGUCAGUGCCUUCCCCAUGUUCGGCUCCUCCUUCUUCUACAUCCAGAGCUGUAGCUCCGCCUCCAUCCAAGCCCCCUGCAUCCUGGCUGUAAAUCUGAACGGACUGCACUUUCUGAACAAGGAUACUCAUGAGGCCAUGGUGCGUUUCCCUCUGAAGGAGGUUCAGUCAACUCGCACCCAGAGACCAACUUCAGGCUCCAGUUAUCCAUAUGUGGAGAUCAUGAUAGGAGACCUGCUCAACCAGCGCAUCACACAGCUACAGCUGGAACAGGGCCUGGAGCUGUGCCGAGUCAUUGCCAUGCACAUGGAGAACAUGUUGUCAGUCAGAGAAAAGAGACUCACCUUGCCACCAAGCGAAAUCACCCUGCUAUAGCACAAGUUGCUCAUAAGUGUACUGUAUCUACCUCUAUUUUAAAAUUAUAAUAUUUUCAUGUGUAAAGGUUUCUGCAAUGUGAUGAAUGUAUUGUGAUGAUGUUGAUGACAGGUGCAUUCAAUUAGGGCUGCAACCAACGAUUAGUUUCUUGAUUGAUCAUUCAGUCUGUAAAAUGUCAGAGUGAAGACAUCCAAAUCAC